CAACUCAUUCUCAUUCUUGUUAAUUUUAAGUGGGCCAUAUAUUCCAUGUUUCGUAUAAAUAUCAGCAUUCAAUCUUCCUUUGCUUCACCAAAAUAUUAACUCAUCAGUGAUCACUCAUAAUUGUCCUAAGAGCUUCAAUUUAAGCCAUUAGAGCCUCCUCUUCACAAAAUCAUCCUCUCUCACUUUACGUACUCCUUCACUCAAUCUCCAACUUUUUUUUUACACUGACGAAGAAAAAUGAUUAUCCCAGUGGCAGCAACAUCAUCCUCUGCCUGCAAACAAGAAUUGCCUCUAAUAAAUUUCCAAAAGGGACUCACCAAAAUGGAGUCAUUAUUUCACAAUAGAAACAAAGAUAAGGUGGUAGUGAUAAUGGGGGCCACAGGUACUGGAAAGACCAAAUUAGCCAUAGAUUUGGCCAAACAUUUUCAACCAUCUGAAAUUGUUAAUUCAGAUAAAAUACAAGUUUAUAAAGGUCUUGACAUAACAACAAAUAAGGUAACAGAACAAGAAUGUGAUGGGGUCCCACAUCAUCUUUUAGGUUCAUUUGAUCCUACAACAAACUUCACUGCCAAUGAUUUUUGUUACCAUGCUUGUUCAGCUAUUGAUUCAAUUGUGCAAAAAGAUGGGUUGCCUAUUAUUGCUGGUGGUUCAAAUUCUUAUUUAGAUACCUUGGUGAAUCAUUGUAGUGAAUUUAGGUUAAGGUAUGAGUGUUGUUUUCUUUGGGUUGAUGUUGCACUUCCUGUCCUUCAUUCUUCGCUUCAAUCGCGUGUUGAUCGCAUGAUUGAAGCUGGUCAGGUAGAUGAAGUUCGUGAGUUUUUUGAUCCUUCGGGUGAUUAUACUAAAGGGAUUCGAAGAGCUAUUGGAGUGCCUGAAUUUCAUGAUUUUCUUACUGCAGAAGCAAAUUCAGCCGAUGAGAGAACUAAGAAAAAGCUUCUUGAAGCCGCUAUUACUAGGGUUAAGAUUAAUAAUUGCACUCUUGCAAAUCGACAACGACAAAAGAUUCAAAGAUUAAAUGGAAUGUGGAAAAGAAGCAUGUAUCGUCUUGAUGCCACUGAAACAAUCAUUAGAAGUGGAACACGUGCUCGAAAGGAAACAUGGGAGGACCAAGUACUCUCAAAGAGUCUUAUAAUCCUCUACAACUUCCUUUAUGGUGAAACUCGUGUUUGCUCGAGAAAUGUUUCACCUAAAAAUAUAAUUGACGCUCUUUCUGGAUCACAGCCGACACUAACAUUGUCGGCGGUCGCGGCGGCCACCCAUUAAAGGCGGUGUGAUAAAAAUCUCCAUACAAAGGUUGCACAAUUGACAUGUUUGGGCACAUCAUUGAAUUCACAUAGUUUUUGGUUUUUUAUUUUAUUUUUAUUUUUACUUCUAUUUUGGGUGAUUUUAUAAAUAUAUAAUCUUUUGUUCAACUUCUUGACCGUUAUAUGAAAAAUGUAUUUUUUGUUUUAGUU